CCUCUCCCUCUUCCUUCUCCAACCUCUUUCCCCGGCGCACGUUAGCACACCACCAUGCCUCCGCUCUUCUCCUGUGCCGCCAGGCACAUGGCCCUCGCUCUCUUCUUCUUCCUCCUCCUUUCUCCGCAAAUCUCGCUCGUCAGAGCUCAGCCCAGCCCGGACCGAGGAGCCGACCCUUACCGCUACCAGAGGUUCAGCCCGUCGAUGGCCAUCAUCAUCGUUGUACUAAUCGCCGCCCUCUUCCUCAUGGCCUUCUUCUCAAUCUACAUCCGCCACUGCUCCGAAGCCAACCAACCCGGCAGCGUCCGCCCCGGAGGGACCCACACCGGCCGAUCCCGACGCGGCGCAGCCUCCCGCGGCCUCGACGCCGCCGUCCUCGACACCUUCCCCACCCUCGACUACGCCGAAAUCAAAGGGCUUAAAAUCGGGAAAGAGGCGCUCGAGUGCGCCGUCUGCUUAAACGAAUUCGAGGACGACGAAACGCUGCGUUUGAUCCCUAAAUGUGACCACGUGUUUCACCCAGAGUGCAUCGACGAGUGGCUGGCGUCGCACACCACUUGUCCCGUUUGCCGGGCCAACCUCGUUCCUCAGCCCGGCGACUCGGCACCACAAUUCACUGAGUUGGGAUCGGAUCAGCAGCAGGCUGACGACGUCGAAGCUCAACACGCUGCCGUUGACACGGCGGCGGAGAGAGAUGACCAGGUAAUGCUAGAACAACCGCAACAAGAACCUGAGCUGGUGAACUUAAACCAGACGCUGAAUCGGAACCGUACACGCGGAUCGAGAUCGAGCAGGUUGCGUAGAUUGUUCCCGCGGUCGCACUCGACCGGACACUCUCUUGUCCAACCGGGAGAAGACACUGAGCGGUUCACCUUGAGACUACCGGUUGAAGUGAGAAAACAGAUCAUGAAUCGGAAGCUGAACCGGUCCACUAGCUUGUUGGUCUUGCCCCGAGAAGGCAGUUCGAGGCGUGGUCCUCGAACCGGCGAGAGUGGCAGUACUAAUAGAGUGAGGAGCUACAGAAGGCUCGAGCCGUUGGACCGGCAAUUCAAAUCGGACCGGUGGGUGUUCUCCAAAACGCCGUCGUUUCUCACGAGGAUGUCGAGUCUCUUGUCGCCAAAGGUGGCGGUAAGUGACGGCGAGAAACCGACCGAGCCAGGGAUGUCGAGGAGUAGCUCCGCUCGGCCUCCGGUUUAAUUAGUUUUGGUUAUAUAACUUUUUUUACAUUUUUACCUCCACGACUUAGGUCAAUUUGUUCAACAAGUAUAAAUUUUUUUGUACAUUAUCUUUCAAUUUUCUGAAAUUUUAAAUUUAAAAAGACUGGGUGUCAUGUACGUAGAUGACAAUGUUGACACUCAUAUUAUAUAAUCAAUGGAAUGAGAUGUGGUUUUUCUGAUUAA